AGAAAGUGAUAGAAAAUGAGGUACAACUUCGACCUGCAGGAAACGGAACCGGAGCCGGGGCGGUCUCCGACGCCCCAAAGAGACGAAGUGGAGUGGGUCCAGCUGCAGAACCACCCGGUCUUCUCCUCCUCCGCCGCCGGUCCGGUCCACGACUCGACCGCGGCUCGAGCGCCCAGAAAUCUCUUGGCCUGGGACGGAGCCUCUCGGCUUUACUUCUGGGACUCCGAUAAGCUCUGCCUUCACCGGAUCUCUAUCCGGCUGGGCGAACCGGACCCGACUUCCGUCAUCGCUUCUUCGCCUUCCAAGGUAUUGCAAACUGAUGUAAAGCUCGACUUUGCGGUUCACAAAAUCUCAAUCAAUAGGAAUGGAUCAGCAUUGCUUCUUUCUGGUUCGGGUGGUCUCUGCGUUAUGUAUCUUUAUGGGCGGACUUCCAACAAAGACAAUGCAACCAUUUGCAGGACUGUAACUGUUGGUUCACAAAUCUACUUAAGAGGAAACAAUCUCAUACGUGUACUGCAAGUUUCAUGGCAUCCUAACAGUGACACCCACCUGGGAAUUCUUUCUUCUGAUUCAGUUUUCAGAAUAUUUGAUUUGUCUUCAGAUCUUAUUCAACCAGAGCAAGAAUACUAUCUACAGCCUGUGCAACCAGGUCGAUCCAGGAAUGCGACAUCAAUUUGCCCAGUUGACUUUUCAUUUGGGAGUGAACACCUGUGGGAUUCGUUUAGUGUUUUCAUUUUGUUCAACGAUGGUUCAAUUUACAUCCUUUGUCCUGUUGUACCAUUUGGAAGUGCCUACAAAUGGGAAUCCAUUGUAGAGAUACAUAAUGAUGCUCAGACAUUUGGCCUGAAGUCAGCCAAUUCAGUGGCUGUUAGUAACUCGAAUCUAGCUAUUUCUUGGUUGGAAGCAACAUUUCCAGCAAUCACAAACCAAGAAACAGAAGGAUCAGAUCCAUAUGUGAUAAAAGCUCAUCCGUAUGCUAUAUUUGAUGCCUCACUCUCACUGCAGGGACCUCUGAGGAAAGUGUGUCAUGGUGAGGAUGAAGAAGAUUUGGCCUUCCGGGGUGCAGAAUGUGAAGGUGGAGCAGUCAGUCUUCUUUAUAAUUUAGUCUUCAAAGACUCAAUUCUGGUGACUGCCUGGAGUGGUGGGCAAUUGCAAAUAGAUGCUAUGGCUGAUGAAAUCCAACCGUUGUGGAAUGCUGGCAGCCCACCUCGACUUCGUGUUGAUUCCCACGAUCAUAUUCUUGGUAUUGCAAUGAUUUGUGAGCCAACCCCAGGCAAGCUUUCACCUGUGAAGCUUGAUCAACCUCUUGAUAGUACUCUUUGGUUGGGACUUCCUCCCCCUCUUUUGAGGUUGGCUAUUGUGGAUCUGGCUUUGCCUAGGAAAGCAAAGAGUGGUUCUCUUAUUAUGAUGUUUACUGAUCCGCUGAUGCCGGAAAGAAUAUACACCCUUCAUGAUGGAGGGUUAGAUUCAAUAGUGUUGCAUUAUCUUCCAUUUACAAGUCAGAUCAGUGGCAAGAACGAGACUAUGAGAACUCCUUCUGUGCAUCCUGUUCUAAGCACAUGCCAGGGAGAAGUCCCCUCACAAUCUCCACUUUCCGGUUUUGUGUCAUUAUCAGAUUCAUUUGGGUGUUCCUGGAUUGUGGGACUCACUGUUUCGCGAGAAUGUAUAGUGCUGGAGAUGAAGACUUGGAACCUGUUACUGCCUCAUCAAGUUGAUACGGAGAACAAAUCUCUUUGCCUGGAAGAACCAAAAGAAAAAGAUAUGCCAGAUCUUAUAAGCAAAGAACUACUAGUUGGACCUAAGGUGGUUCUUCUUCCUCAGAGCUCACCAAGUUUACGUUCUCUUUCUGCUGAUUCUAUUGAAGGUCGAUCAAUGCUUCAUGAGUACUUCAGAAGCUUUCAUGAAAAUUAUGCGGAGUAUGCAUAUAAGGUUUACUUUGAACUCAAGCAUCAUGGACCCAUCUUGAAGAGGAUAAUUGAUGACCAGCAUGCUCGCCUAGGUAAUGCACAACAGAGGCUUUCGCAAGUUGAGGAGAAACAAUCAAAAUUGGAGGACAGAAUUGACAGUGCGUUCAAGAUGCAAAAUCUUCUGCAGGAGCGCUUGAAACGUUUGAGGGACUUGCCAGGGCCUCAUAAGAAACCACUGUCCAGAGCUGAGCGAGAGUUCAAGUCGGAGCUUGACCACUUCUCCGAAGUUGAAUUGGAUGCAUUGCGUUCUUCCAUUAAUGCUGUAACUGCAAGGUUUAAAAGGCACACACAAUCGCCAAAGGGCAAUGCAUCAAACCAACGUAGGCUGAUGGCAAAGGGGAAAGAUCCUGUGCAAGAAUCUCAAGUCUCCCAGCUGAAAUCCUCACUUGAGAAACUUUCACUGCUCAAUAGUGAAAAUUCGAAAAAGGUUAAGCUUGUUGAAUCUGCAUUGAAAAGUCGGGAAACCAGCAGAUGUUGAGACCUACUUUGUUUCUGAAUCUGCGAUUAAGUUAUGGUAACUCGGAUGUAAGUUUUGAACCUGGGGCGGUGCACAAUGUGUCAUUCCAUCAAGACGGUGCCAUUUUGAACGGUAUGGCCCAGCAGAUGUGCAAGUCGAGCGGAAGCUUCUAGCAAUUGAAGCCGGGGGGCACCAACAGCUCUACUGCUGUAGUUAUUCUGGCAUGCUUGUAGUGGCAGAUGCUCUCCUUGAGAGACGACGAAUUGUGUACAAAAUAAUUGUAGUUUUUCGUUACCCAAUUUCGGCUUCUUUCAUUUUACAAGAUGAGAAAUGUUGAAUCUGUCGAAACAUUAUUGAAUGUGUCGCACUUGUAAUGCAUUUUUGGUCGAUUCA